AUGCAAUUUGGGUUGGAUCAAUCCUUAGCCGGAAAUAAGGCUCAAGUUAUAUUAAACAAGAUAAAGUUGGGUAUUUUAUCGGAUAGGAAGAAUUCCAAGAGGAAAGCUACCCAUACAGACAAGGACGAUACAGAUGCAUUAACAUCACCCACAGAAAAGGUAAUGACCGCUCUUCAAAGCUCUACAAAUGCGAUUAUGAAACGUCCGAAAUUGGAUGAAAAGAACGUUCUCAACGAGGAAGGGCCUAUUAGUUAUUCACAAAAAUUAUUAAAUGAAGGGACCGAAUUGGAAACAUAUAAAAAGGCGAAAAAAGCUACGAGAGUUGAUUCAAAAACAAAUACUCAGAAAUCAAAAAAUGCUUUAGAAACAAGACCCGAGGGCGACGAAGAAAUAAAGUUUGAUUUUGCAAGCAUUGAAAAAGAAUUUUUACGGGAACAAUUAAUUGAG